AUUAUGCUCGUCGCUUAUUGGCUGAUGAAGUGCGGUAGAGCCAGAAACAAAAUGUGUGAAAAUGCGGUCCUUUUUACCUGCAGUGGCAGAACAGCUUUUCAGAGAUAUCCAGAAAGUCUAUCGAGAGACGACUCAAAUUCCAGAUGAUCUUCUGAUUGCGCUGAAAUUUGUCUUCGGCUCAUGUGCCUUGCAGGCUUUGGACCUGGUUGACCAUCGCUCUGUCACCUGCCUGUCUUCUCCCAGCGGCCGCAAAGCCUUUCAGGUAGUUGGAGGCUCGGGUCGUUUGUACACUUGCUUCUUGUCCUGCCACUACUGCCCCUGCCCGGCUUUCACCUAUACUGUUCUACGCAGAAACCAAGGGCUGCUGUGCAAACACAUCCUGGCCAUCUACCUGUGCCAGGCUAUGGCUGUGACUCAGCAGGAGACUGUCUCUGAUCAGCAGAUGUCUGCACUGCUCAGCGGCACCGGGGCCCAGUAACAGGGAGCGGACCAGAAAACGGAGCCGGUUCCCUGUCUACAUCCCUGAAACACUGGCCUGGUUUCUGUUAUCUGAAACACCACGGAUGUUACUGUUUUUUCUUCUAGUAAUGUUCUUCAUCUCAAAUACUGGCAGCUUUAUUUUUAGUUGCUUUCUGUCUGAAGCUCCAUCGGUUAGGGAGUAAGAACAUCUGGACACUGAGGUCAUUUCCUUACUUCUAUUGCACGGCUAUCAUUUCCUUCUCAUGCACAGCUACUAAAUAUAAAUUAUUAUUUAAAAUGUGGGAAUAAAAUCCAAUCUUACCAAUAUAAACAUUGCCUUUAUUAACAAAAUAAUUCACCAUACAUACAGAUUGCAUCAUGUUAAAUAGCAACAUCGGCUGUAGUUUUGUUGAACGAACAAAGUGCCUCUGGAGAGAAAGUUGGACAUCAGCUUGACCACAGUGGAGGCAUUUUCCUGAUUAGUAACAACAAAAUAGCACACUUAAAAAACAGGAACUUGGGAAUGAAGUGAAGGAAUGUUGAACUUGCCAUUGGCAGUAUUACUUUUAAAAUAAAAUAGAAAGGCAACAGUUUGACAUCGAGCAGGAAGCCGGACACCUACAGUACUUAUUGUCACACAAAAGUCAACAAAGACAAAAUUAGAUAAGGUUACAGUUUAGACGUCUCCUUUGGAAUGGCCCCAAACGUUUUGGCACUCCUGUGUUUUAGCCCUUGAAGUCAGACAGAGGAGGAAAACCAACAAAUGCAGAAAGAUAGAACGGCAGCACAGACCCAGCGCUCCACGUCAGAACACAGAUGAAGCGCAUAAAACGGUAAAAUAGAAUGUCAGCAUUGUUCAUAUGAGUAGUGAAGACUCCCAGGUGAUCUGAACAGUCUGUUAGUUCAUAAAACAGCCUCUCCUGCAGCUGUAAAGCUUUUCUUCAUAUCAUAGUGCCUAUAUGUUUAACGAUAUUUACUAUCUGCUUCACUGGUUUGUGUUGGCACACCUCAGAUCCGUUUCACAAACAGGUUUAACAAAGUUGACUCAAAUCCUCAACUCUGAAUUGAGGAAUUCGAGUUUCCAACCUUUGGUGAGUUUUCGAUUUCACAAAGGCUGCUAUGAAUUAGUUUGAUCAACUCUGAGUAGGUUCGCUCAAUUAAAACACUCUCCGCUCUGUUGUGCCAUUUGUAGAUCACUAAAAUAAGAUUCUUAU